GUUUAUUAUGUGGUGAAUUUCGUGUUCGAUUUUCAGUGUUAAAGGAAAUAAUCGAGUGACGAUAACAGAUUUUGUUGUGACUUAUAAUUCCUUCAAUUUUACAAUAUUAUUCUGAGUUAUUGCAAAGGAAAAUGUCAAACGUAGAAGAAAAAGGAAGAUUCGACCCGGACAAAGUGACUAUUAUUAACGACAGUGAAGAAUCUUUGGUGGUAUCACGAACAUCCUUGAUACAAAGGGGAGGAUUACUGAAGAACUUCUUAAUUGUGUGUUCGAACGAAAUGAAGUUUAUUCUCAGACUACUUGUGACACGGCAAAUGCUCGAUCAAUUUGCCAGAUAUUUGGAGGACGAAGUUAUUAUCUUUACUUCUGCAGAUAACGGAUUCCUAAUGUACUUGUUCAGCAAACGUUACUUUAUUACUCAACUUCAAAAGAUAUGUCACAAUUUCCUGAAGGACUCGGUUCGUAACGGAAACGUUUGUCGUAUCCACGACUUGGCUUCUAGACAUAAAGAACGACAAUUGCAAUAUCAAUGUUACAAACAGUUCAGUUUCUCUGAUAACAAUAUAUUUUGUAGCGAUGACUUUUUAUCGAGCGAAGAAACUACAGUCUUUAAAUUACUGGCCUGUCCUGCCUACGUCAAUCUAAACGAAUUUGCUUUGUUUAUUGGUCUUUCCUUGUGGGUCAAACGAACAUUUCUCAAAUUGAGGAAAACAAAUUCCGAAAUAUCGAUGACAGAAGUGGCAAGUCCUUUCCUUCCUUUGAUCAGAUUUUUUACUAUAGAAUUAGAACACUUAAAACAAAUUAUACACUUCUCUAUUGUGGUUAAGAUUUUGACAAAAGGAUAUUUCGGAUCCAUAAAAGAAUAUCACGAGCGUAAUAACGUGGCAAAACUUCCAUUAACAAUUUCUGCUAAUGUUAUUCUGCGAAAUAUUACCGAUUAUUCUUCGUUUAUUGCCGUAAGUGUUUCGAAAGGCCAUAAGUUAAAAAGAAAUAAAUGCAUGACGGACAACUUGUCCUUUCUUUCUGACAUCUGGGUACCCGAAAAUUGUUACGUUGUUGGGAUUAAACUGCCAGUGAUCCAUUGUAAUCCAAGAAAAAUAAAAGUUUUGGUCGGUGUAAAGUCGGCUUAUUCGCAAAGUUUCCUGUACGAAAGAAGCGUUUGCGAUAAACACGGAAUGGUACAAUUAAAAACCGUGAAAUUGUUGCCGAAACGUAGCUUUCACGUGUUUUCAGUUAAAAUUUUGAAAGACGACAUCGAUUCCAAUAAUAUAACGGUCGAAAAACAUACAGGAAAAUACUACCAAUUUUAUAAUUUUGGAGAUACCAUAGGACGUAAAGAAGAGAAAAGGAGAUUUCAAUGUAAAAUUGCCAUCAUUUUUUAAUCUGUAUACAUUGUGUUUUAUACUGUAGUAUACUUCUUAUGUAUUUUAAACAAAUCGUCUCUUGUUAUAAUUUUAAUGAUAUACGAGGACUUUACAGAAUAUCGAGAAUUUUUUUUUAAUUUCCAAUGAUUAGACGAGAGUGAAUUUAUUUUAUUUGUAGUCUUUACCGUGACGAACAAUGAUUGAUAUCUAUCACUCUGGUUAGAAAUAGAGAGGCGCGGAAAUCACGAAAUUCACCGCAAAAUCCAAAUUUUUAACGUUAAAUCGAGUCGAUACGCAACAAUAAAAUUCUCUUGUUGUUGAAAGAGGAUCUAUUGUUGACUCGUGCGUGUUUUUUCGAGUUUUGCUUCAUUU